UCUGAUGUUGGCGGUAUAAAACACGAAGUUCAUUUUGUAACGAAACUUCGCAAAAAUUACCCUAAAAGUUGAUAAUCCCAUCGAGAAAAUAGUCCAAUUAUUGCAACAAGGCGAAGUAAAGGCAAGAGCAAGGCUAAGCUGCCAUCGUGAAAUGUGUAACCUUAAUCAGUUUUGAAUUUCAGCGCGGUUUACGAAUUUGACAAGGGGAAGUCGUGUUGACAUAAUAUGGUCGAUCAUGCGUUGUUAGUCUUUUGCCAGCCAUGGAGAAGCUAAAAUCCUACGGCUUACAGGAAGCUUAUUCCACCCAAUAGAAUGAAUCACUAGCAGGCAUGGAUAUUAAUUUAUCCGGGGAAGAGUCGUUUGCCUUUAGUGACAUUGUUCCACCUUCGCAUGUCAGUGGUUUAGAAUCGUUCUCGGAUUUUGAUGACAGUGACUUUGAUCAAGAAAGUUUAGUCGAGAACGAUGAAAAUAACACGAGUUCCAAUAACAAACAAGAAUCCCGAGAGAAGUCUUGUGAAGAUGAAAAUCCCGCAUCAGAAAGUUUCUCCUUCAGCUCUGUUCCAUCGGCAGAUAUCAAAGAAUUCUGGGCAGCUAUUGCAAGUGCGAAAGAACAGUUAGGGAUGCCGAUGGACAAUACAUCCGUUGCUCUAGAUGAAAGCUCACUUGGACUUCUUCCAACAGAGUUAUUGGAGGAAGUCUCUUGUUUUGGAGAUAGCCAGACAUCUUUAUCAGAUCUCCGCCGAAAAGAUAGUCCCAGUUCCCCAAGCCUCCAAAGCAAUAAUUCUGAAACUGAUAAUCAGCAAGGCAAUGAAUUGUCCUAUUCCAGUGGUUACCAAGAUGCCUUGUCGCUAAGCCACAUCAAAGCUGACAAGAAUCUUGAAGAAAGGCCUGACACCAGUCAACCACCUGAUACUUUCUUCAACCCUCAAGACUCAAGAACAUUAUCAAGACCAGACAGUGCCAAUGAGGAUGUAGCCGGACAUAGCCAAAGCCAGGAUGAUUUCCACUUCAUGCUCCAGACAAGGGCAGGUAGUGGGGAUGGUGGCGAGUUGAUUGACAGGAUGUCAUUGGCCUCCAGUAUAAGUUUCUUGCAGUCACAGACAUUCCCAGACAGUAUAUUCAGUCAAAGCCUGAGUAGCACUAGCCGUGGGUUGGGAAGUGGCAUGGAUUCACGAUCUGGAAGUGACAUUGAACAGGAGGAUGAAUUGGACAUUACCCCAAGCAACCAGGUUGAAGACCAGCAACGCCCAGAUUCACAUGAUGUUGGUGAUGGCAGACACUCAGGCAUGGCUGUAGGACGUCCUGGUCUAGAGGGUGCUAAUUCAGACACAGAAGAUGUCCCAGCUCAGGGCAGACCAUCGUCAGACUUUGGAAGUCCAGUUGCUGAAUCCAUCGAGCUUCGACAGUCUGGUGAGGGUGGGGACGUCUUGCCGUACAUCCCUGGAGAUGGUGGAGGAGGUGGGGACGGUAGUAGUGGUCAUGGCAGUGAUGAUGAUGAUGAUGAUGAAAAUGAUGAUGAUGAACAUGACGAUGGGCAAGCAUCAGUUCUUUCAGGCGAUGACCAGCCAAGCAGCCAACGAUCCUCUGUUAAUUCCUCCCCUGGCGAAGGUGCUGACACUAAUCCACCAUCCAGCUCCUCUGGAGAAAGGUUGAGAGGUCUCCCUGUAGGCCAUGCGGCAUCUGACACUCCAAAUAGUGUACUAUCGCCAUCCCCCAGCAACACUGGGGACAUGAGUACUAGCUCAUCCCUUGAUAACUUUGAUGUGCUCACUGCUUCAACUCCCAUGGUCAGAAAUGCUCAGGUUGCCUUUGAUUUUGAUGCCACACCUGUAAAUAGGGAUCAUUCAGGCCUUGGAUUGCAAUAUCUUCUGCCUACGCACAAUGAUACUGUGCGCGGGAAUGUUUUCCAAGAUAGCAGUUUGCACCUUUCACAGUUGCCAUCAAUUGCCUUUGACGCGACAAUUACUGACAAGACGUUGGUUGCCAUGACUCCAGCCCGUGGUUCUGAUGGAUCACCACUUCAAAACGAGCAGUCGAACACAAUCACAGAUCAUGCUUCAUCAGGCUUUGCAUCAAGUAAUCCCUCAACAUUAUCCACAAAGAACCCGUUUGAUACAAGUGAUACAGACAACUCAUUGCUGUGGAAGUCAACACCAAGAGAAGAGAAUGAAAGUUUGAGCAGGACUACUCCUGGGAUUUUGUUCAAGGGCAGCACCCGGCCAUCAUCAGUUACUGACGACAACUCAAACCAAAACCAUCGUAGAUCCGGAUCAAGUUCCCCCAGCAAAAAUGUUGCAAUUGUCAGACCAGAAGUACAAAAGACUGCUGCUGGGUCAAGCAAAAUAUCAAGUUUUACCAAGAAAUAUGGAACUUCCAGCCGUUCCAGUAACAGUAGACCUUCAUUACAAGAAACGCACAAAGCACCUAAAUCUAGAUCGUCUGUAGAUGACUCAACGUCAGGUCGUACCAUGACUCCUGGUGGCUCAGGGGAGCAAGUUGUACCCUUUUCCUUCCAAGGACCCGACAUGAGCCAGCAGUACGACGAUAGAUUCCUCUCUGGUGUGGGGUUUGGGGAAGAACCUUGCCAGCAAUCUAUCAAUAAUCCCUUUGAUAGUGAAGGUGGUAUUGAUGAGUGGGGUGAUGUUGGGAGAGAUAUUGGUGACGAGUUUGAGGCGCAAAGUGGCGAUAUAGAGGCAAUGCUGGCCGCAGAUGAGGAGAGUUUCGUCAGAGAACAUCAGUUUGAUCAUGCUGAAGCGGACAGUACUGCACAAGGGAUCCAAGACGCCCAUGAUUGGACCAUUCCAGAUCAUAGCCACUUGACCGCUAGAGGCUCCCUCCUACGGGUCAUGGGUAUUAAUGACCCUAAUGGCACAGGAGAAGUCCGGAUAUCCUUCGGUGCUGUGAUGACAGCUGGCUCGGAGGAGCUUGGGACCCUACAUAAUGACGACCCUCAACGACCAAGGCCCCACUUUGGAAAUGGCAGAUUAAUCAGUACUCCUUCCCCACAGCCUCCACCCAAGCUAAUAUCCACACAAAGUCUGGAACAACAGUCCUCCUUCCUGGAGAAAUUCCCAAAAUUUGAGAACACUCCAAUGAAGCAGACAAACGUCCAACUUUAUAAAGGAAGCUCUGCAAUGUUCCAGGAAAACUCCAUGAUUCCCACUGUGAAAAAGAAACCUAAGAAUCCAAGAAACCGACAAGGGUCGAUCCACAAGACAAGUAGCACUGACAAGACAUUUGCGGACCAGAAAGCAAAGUUGGAUAAGCAAUACAGAAACAAAGUGCCCAGGGAACGGAGGGGUAGUCAGAGCAGCUCUCAGAGUUCCAGCAGUAAAAGCAGCAUCCCAAGUGUCAUCGACAACAGCUUGAGAGGGGCAAGUACAAAAAAACGGCGGAGCAGUAACGUAAGUUCUAGUAGCAGGACAAGGCAGCAGCAGCAGGGAAAACAUGUGGUUCCAUCAGAUUCGCAGAGAUCAGAAGUGAGAUCUAGGUCGCAUCAAGAGUCAUCUUCAAGGCCACCAACAAGUUCCUUUAAUCAGAGCAAAGUUCAUGGCAGUCACAAGACGUAUCCAAGAAGGCAGCAGAGAUCAGGAUCAGAUGGAAACGCACAUGAUACUGAGGGCACCGAUUCCAGAAGAGUUCUUCGUGGAAAAGGUGCAGGGUCUGCUCCUGAUCUGCCUGGACAUGAUCUGGAAAAGAGUGGUGUCUCCGAUCGGCAAGAUCUGGCUGCAUUUAUUGCAGCUGCAACUAAUACUGACGCAGAUUACAUAAGUAAAAUAUUAGCUGAGGCCGCAAAGGCGAAAUCGAGAUCCCAGAGUGACGAUAGCAGGUCAAAAGCAUCGAGUCAUGGCGACGCGAUACAGGAAAGCCCCGAGCCUGAAAGGCUGAGCUCCAUAACACCUAUUGCGUCCAGUAGCCCUCACAAUCAUAGCCAGCCUUCGCCAUCGUUUACCCUAGAUGCCACUGCUGCUAACGAGACGUCUGUUUUCGAAAGUUCAAAUGAACAGCUGCCCAAUCUCGACAACACUGCUAGUAAUGGUAUCGAUGCCAGUGCCUUUGUGAAGGACAGUCCGGAAAAUGUGUCCGUCAUUGAGCGUGACACCUUGAGUGUUUCACCUCCUAAAAACGUGUCAAUGUCUCCGGCACCUGACCCCUUCACAGCCCAGGUGGUAGAUCCUUACUUCGGCAAGACUUAUACCGUGAAAGGAAAGCUGCCACAGUCGUCUGGUGGUGGGCUAGUCAGUGCGCAUCCUAAAGUUUCCCAAGCAGAACCAAGACAUGAUCAAUCGUCAUCACCUCAAUCAUCAAGCUUCAGAGUGAUGUCUACGUGUAACGACGACUCAAACAUAAUCCCAGAGUCUCCUUUAAAAUACCAGCAAAGCAGACUUGAACACUCAUUUGACAGCUUGGUACAACAUCACUCACCUCUUCCUGAAUCCCAACUGAGGCAUUCUUGGCCCAAGACAUCAGAAACGCCACAAAAAACAGAAAAUGAUCGAGUAAUUCCCAGGAGAACCUCUGGUUCACACGGUCCUUCUCUUGCAACGCCAAAAUCAGACAAUGAACCAAAUUACAUGCAAGCAGUGGUUGUUUCCGUUGCACAAAACAUCCCUUCGCCAGUCUAUCAGGGAAUAUCACCGCUUGGUUUCCCUACUCAUCCCCAACCACAAUCAGCCCCCUUUGUCAACACCAACCCACUAGCAUACGGUGCCCAGCCUGGAUACGGUCAGUCUCUGAAUGGUCCCCCUCUGGGAUGGACAUUUCCACCUCCACCAAUCGGUUUCCAGCACAUCCCAGGUCCUCCCACCUCACUACACGCUCAGCAGGGACCUUACCAUGGAAGUGACACUUAUGGCAACUUCGGUAGCACAGCCCCUACGAUAUUAGGUCCCAAUGGCAUCCCAAUAAUAAAUUACCUGGGACACGCCCAGAAUUAUGCACCAUUUUCAGGCGCCCAGCGGAUGCUGGUGCAGCCUUACACUGUGUCAGCCAGUGUGGCAACCAGAGUGUCAACAAUGCCGCAAACCAUGCCUCCGCAGACCUCUUCGAGUGUCGCACAUCAGGGGCAAGUCUUCCAGAAUACAGCACCACCGUCUGGGCUCCUUCAGCUUGGACAACCCCAAGAGAGACCAGGGAUUGAUGCGCUAGGCAACCAGACGGUCGCCUCAGCAGGAGCCUCUGUGGUUAUCCCAGGAGAGGUUAAGAUGCCCCCCAUCUGUUGUGUAGGGGUCGAAACCCGAAGUAAACUCUCCCUGCAUAAUCCAAGCAGUAGAUGGAUCUAUUGCAACGUCAAAGUUGGCUCAUGUGUGAUAAAUGGAGUUCAGGUGAUUACAGCUGAUGAUAUCCCAUUCACACUCCCUUCCAAGCUGAUAAUCGACCCACAUAAGACUAUAGAUAUUGAGGUGCUAUUCACGCCUAAGAUGGCAGGUCUCCACUUAGCCAAGCUACACGUUACGUCAACCCCACUGCUCCCAGAAGGACAGAAGACUUCGGAAGCAAUGACCGAGUCAUUGCCGAUACUUGUAUCACUAGAGGCUGUGGCGGAGCAGCCGGAAGUGCAGAUUCUUCAAGAGGAUCGUCAAGUCAUUGAUUUUGGGGAGAUGAUUGCUGGGACCAAGCAAUCGCGAGCAUUGAGGCUUAUAAACAGAGGUCGGGCAGUAGUUCCUGUCAGGCUCACAAUAACCCCUAACGCUACGUCACUCCAUUGCUUCUCGUUCGCCAAUGCAGACUCUUCCCCCAAAAAAGACAAGGGACAUACCUCCUCUGCAGGCAUGCUGUCUAUUCACAAGCUCUUGCUUGAUGGCAAGGCCUGUGCUGUUGAAAUGUUGUCAUGUAAUUCUAUUCACAAGCUCUUGCUUGAUGGCAAGACCUGUGCUGAUGGGUCCAUUGAGCCAAGCAUAACGUGGAUCCUUUUCCAAGCCCCCGAAAGGGGUGAACUCGGUACCGCUCUUGGGCUGCCAGAUGAGUUUAUUGCCAGAGUAGAUAUUGAGAUCGCUGGGGAAAACAGUCCUAUAAUCGGCAGUGUGCUUUUAAAGGCCACUGUUGGAGUAGCAAGGUUAACUAUCCCAAGAUCUGCGCAGGAAUUGCAAUUCACCGGGACAGCAGGACAAUCCGUGAAGCGCACUUAUGCCCUGAAAAACAUGGGAAAUAUAAACAGCCAAGUGCACCUGAAAGUAGCAGAAGAGAAAUAUUAUACGGUCAAUCCAACGCGAACAAUGCUUCGGCCCAUGCAGGAAGUUCAGAUUACUGUGGUAUUCAGGGCUCCCAAGUCACAAGGUGUUGUUGACAGCACCUUGUCGAUGACUGUGUUGCCCCACGGCCCAGACUAUGAGAUACCGCUUAGGGGAAUGGUGGCCCAGCCUCCUGCGCCCAUCGACGAGCACAUGAACUUACUGUUGUGUAACAAGUCUGUUGUGUGUUGGCCUGGGAUAGCUGUUGGAAAAGCUGCCCAACAGAAGGUUAUUCUUAAGAACAAUGCAGAAACGAAGACAAUGAAACUCCAGCUUUCUAUCCAAGGUCACCACUCAGACUUUCAGCUGCAGAAUAUGUUUGGUAAGGUUGAUCCGAAAAGUCUGGCAUCUAUUGUCAACCUGGGUCCUCGGGAGGAACUUCCUGUGCAUAUUUUGUUUGCACCCUCCACUCUUGGGCUUGUCUCCAGCACUCUCAUCAUAAAGUCGGCUGUGGGGCGCCCAGAGUACGUCAAGUCAAAGGUCCCCUUGCAUGGGUGCGGCGGUACUAGUAACCUGACCCUAGUGGACACACGAAAGCUCAGCGAGGGCUACAUUACCAACAUUGGCGAGGUGUCGCUUGGUAAGAAGAACGUAUUCAAAGUUACCGUUAAGAAUACGGGUGCGAGAGCAGCUUUCGUGAAGGCCGUAUGUUACACGGACAUCUCUUCAAAGUCCGUCUACCCGCCUAGUCACUUUGGCAUCACCCCCAAUAAUUUCAUCUUGCAUGAGCACUGCUCAAAGCAACUAGAAGUGUCAUUCCUACCUCUGGAAAAUGAUGCUCUAAAAUGCCAGCGGGAGGUCAGCACUGUCGCUAAUGUCGUCUUCUACUUUGGUGAUGAAGUUAUCAGAAGUCAGUACAAAAGGUACGUUCAGCAAAAUGAUCUGUCUUGCCCCUCCCUCACCGGAGACAGUGGAAUCAACUUCUUGUCGGUCUUCUUGGAUGAGGACAGGAUCCUUGAAGAUGUGAACUAUCCCUCCACACCUGAUUGGUCGAAGUUCUUCCAGAGCUGUGUGUCUCGGCUUCGUCUCGAGCUUGUAGGCUCGCCAAGGGCUGAGAGUCUGGUAGACCGAGGACAGGCUGAGGCAAAUCAGUCUCUGGACCUGGUUCCUAUCCUCGGGCCGACAGAUAAUGCGCCUGCAGGUCCCUUACUUAAUGAUGCCAGAAAUGUCGAGGCUGGCUCUCCCGAAGAGCUCUCAUGGGCAGUGACGCCCGAGCAAAUGGUGCUGAAACCGUGUAAGACUUUGCCAGAGCAAGCCGUGGGAAGAUUCCAAAUCGUUAACUUUUCCGAGCGUCCAUUACGAUUUGAGUUCAGUUGGCCAGGACAUUGCCUAUCUAUAACUCCAGAAGGAGGCCAAGUCCCGCCAAGGAGCCAAGUAACAGUACUGAUGAGCCCCGCCGCUAAUCUCUCCUCUCGAGGGAUCGACCUCCCUUGGAGCGGGACGGUGCACGUGACUUGUGACGGCCAGCAAAAGCCAAUCAGGGUGCAGAUCCGUGAGGAACUUGUCCUGGAGAACUCCCCAUUCCAGCCGGGGACCAGUCAGAUGAAGCCGCUAGACACGGGCAUGGCCACGCCGUUCACCUCUGCACCCCUGCCCUCGUCGCACUUACCCCCGUUAGUGGUGAAAAAUAAGAGGGUGGAAUUUGCAGAGACGGUGGUGGGGGGAGAAUCUGCCACGGAGCUUGUGUUAGAAAGUACAGUAGACUCCAAUGUGUCCUGGAACCUGAGCUCUGUGGCCCCUGUCUAUGUCAAGGGUGACGCGUCUGGUGAUGUGUACCGCGCCACUUACUCUGCCUUCUGGUUCCAAAAGCGCUCAGGAAUGUUACAAGGCAAAAAUUUGUUAAAGAUUCUUGUGAAGUUCCUGCCAAUGGACCCCGGCCAGUACUCCCAGCACUGGGACCUUAAGUUUCAACAUGAGGGCUUCAAGCGACUUCACAAGCAAAGGAUAGAGGUGUUUGCACAGGCAAUUGUAAGAGAUGCUCCUUUCACCAAGAUUACACGAGAGGGAGGGAAAGAAAAUCAGCCAGCGAUAACACACAAAAGACUUCCAGCAAAAGUAGAACACCUUUCGCAUCAGAAAGGCCAGUCUCAAGAAAAGCAGUCAGUGAUCCUUAAUGGGACAAGCAAGAUUUCGGAAAAAUCUACCAACAGACCCCGGCGAAAUCGUGGAGUUUAUGUUAACGAGAGUGAAGUCAUCUUUCCAAAGACGGCUGUUGGUGGAACAUCUGAAAGUAUUGUCAAGAUUUGCAAUACCACCGAUGCUGAGGUUACGGUCCCGAUCCAACGCCCUCAAGCUCCUUUCUCCCUCCCAUCACACAUCCCCGGAAGAUCACGAAUCAGUGCUCAUCGGUUUGUGAGAAUACCGGUCAGAUUUACACCAACGGAGCCUGGGACUAGCUACACGUCUGUCAUAGUGUUCGUAUUACCAGAGCAGCGGAUUGAAGUACAAGUACAAGGGGAAUCCUGAUAUUGUGCUCUUCAUGGAAUGACUCGUAUAUAUGAUUAAACAGGGAACACAACACGCGGCCGGCUACGGCUUGGACGACGUGGCUUUCAAUAGCAUAGGUAACCCCAAAGCGGUUUUCUGCCGUAGCUGUCCUUGAUGCUGUCAUUAAAAGUGCAAGCCCGUGGCUGUGCUAGGAGCAGACACUUAGGAGAAGUUUACUAUUGAAUAUCUUAGCUCGAAAUCCUAGCUAAUGACCUGGCAUAUCUGUGUUGUAGACGGGCUGCUCAUAAGGGCGGUUGUUUAUCGAGUAUCUGUAUCAGAUGAACAAGUUGAGCUACUUUAACUAUACUGUAACUUAACUUGUAGCGACGUCUGCCUAAAAUCUCCUGCGAGUGAGACUAUGGCCUAGACCGGUCAAUGGAAGAGAGUGGUAUAUGGGACAGUUUAAGCCAAAUUUCAGCUGAAUAAUUAAAAAAAGCCGAAAAAUAACCAGAAUAUCGAUAAAUAUACAAUUGGGAAGCACUCAUGUUUGUCCUGUAUUAAAGUUUUCUCUUAGACUGUGAAUUGGUCGUAAUGGAGACGAAUCCUGGGCGAAUUUAGGAUCAAUACGUUUCUAAACAACCUACAACCUUUUUAAAACUUGUGUAGGUAUAAAACGGUAUAAAACUAUUUUUAUUAAUUCCAGACUCUCUUGCAUCAUCCUUGUAGCCUUAAUGUUUUUAUUAAAGUUACCUAAGUAUUAGAAAUAUAGUGAUCCCAAAAUCCCGUUCAAAUAUUAGUAGUGUAAUAGUCUACCAGCUAUGAGUUUAAUGUUGGUGUUUGUUUAAAUAAGUUGUUUGUAAAUAUGACAGUAGUAAGUAGAUUUGGUGGAUAGCUGAGAAGACGCAACAAAUAUUUAAGCCACCUUGUCAAAAGAAAAUAAAACUAGUAUUUGUCCGA